CCUCACAUCAACCCGGAAGGCUAUCAAGCGUCUCGAGAAGGAUACAAAACAUCUCAGACAAUCGGCCAGUAAUCUAGGGCUCAUGAACCCUUACCCAACCCCAUCACCGUCAGCCAGCGGCCAAAACAUCUUCUUUGCUGAUCACGGGAAAGAAGCUCUGACUCCCCAAUCCCUGGAACCAAAGAAAAGGUCGUCAGAAUACAAGUGGCCCACGCCUCCCUACAAUGAUGAGGGUGACUGGGCAGCGUCGGCAUCAGCCAGUAUCUGGGCGGCAGGGAGCCGUAUCUAGCUAGAUACAGUUCCUUCUUUCGACGUAUUUUGUAUUGACGGUGGGCGCGGGCAGUUUUUUGCGGAUCUUGGGAAAAGAAAAUGAGUGGGUUUCCUUUUUGGGUGGUGUUUACGUGGAAUGGUGUUCUGGGUGUUCUUUCGGCAUGGCAUCAUUACCAUGUUCUUAUCGGUAUCUGGGCUUUGUUUUGGGUCUUCCCUAUGUUCCCCCUCAGGAGGAGACGGGCUACUGCUUUGAGAUUGCAGUUGCUGGUCUCACUUUUUGCUCCUCUUUUUCUUGUUUCAUUUUUCAUCUUCAUACCCCCCCACGUUUAUUUUUUCAUCUUUCGCUGCUUCUGCAUGCAUCUUACAUAUCUCUCGCACGCACAUGCACACAUAUAUGGGGAUCUUGUAGCAGAAGCUGGUUCUUUCUACACAACAAAAACUAUGUGGUGGUUGUUGAAUGGACAUCUAUCUGUUUCUAAUCUUUGUGUCGAAUACCCCUCCUGGAGGAAGAAAAAAGUCUGGCGUGUGUGUGUCGUCGGCCUUACAAAUCUCAAAACCUAUAUUGGGCCUUUUAAUACCACCUUUCUGCGCAUAUAUCACUAUGGUUCUAUUUUGUGUGCCCACAUCGAUUUCUGUCUUCCUUGUCUUUGUCAUUGGAAAUACCCCCUCCUAACAACCGUUUAUAGAUAUUUGGAGCUGUCUUGAGUUAUAUAUGCGUUUGGGACUACAGGCGGAGCUGUGGAGCGCGUUUCUGGUCGGACAAA